AUGGACCCACAGAGAAUUAUUAGAUUGCAAAAGAUUUACCAGAACUCCAACCAGAAGUUGUGGUUGAGAGGCCCCCGCUCCAAGGCUUUGGUCUACCCAUUCUACGCCUUGUUCACUGUCUCCACGGCUGUUCCAUUGUACUACACUGGCAGAGCCCUUUUUGGUAUCAAGGCCGAGUCCCUCCUAUUCUACCCAAGCUAUACAAUGGUUUCCCUGUUACUCGAGUUUCCCAGCGAUGCUCUCAAUAACAUCCUUUACUUUCUACCGCAAGACCUGCUUCUCAACUUGGCCUUGACGAAUUUCCACUUCUACGAGCCCUGCCUCAAGAGACUAUACCAGAGAUUGGUGAUCCAGACUGACCCGGCUUUGAGAUCAGCAAGCACCGUUCCUGCCCACUACAGAAGAGAUGACUUUGUGGAGUCUUCAGCGACAGUGAUAGCGGGGUUGAGUGAUAUUGAGAGACCAAGACAGGCACACUUGAAGAUGGUAGAGGCGAGAGUGAGAACGCUUUUCACCUCUAUCCAAGUGAAUCCACAGCUAGCUCAAUACAUAGAGCUGAUAGAGAUAGAAGGCAGUUUUAGCAAAAAUGUCGAAAAGGCCAUUUCUGAAUUACUUCAGUUACUUAGCACAGUUCCUAAUGAAACCACCAAGAUAUACAUAUCAGAUCUGGGCCUAAGGAAACGGCUCGGAUGGAUCGAAACGUCGAGACUAUUCCCUUCCUUGACAACCAUUUGUGUUGACAGUGUUCUGGAGAUUGCAGACCUCAAAGAUUUUCCAAAUCUUAACGAGAUCGUGGUGGCCGAUGUUGAGAAGGAUCCAUCCAUGAAUGCAAGGCACGUUCAGGUUCUCACGAAGAUCGAGCACCUCAUAGUCAGUUCGGAAGCAGAUGUUUCGAAUAAAUUUUUUGAUGCUCUUUGGUUGCUCUACAAGCAACAGCCAUUUGUGUUGAACAAACUCAAGACUUUUACAGCAUAUCAUUGCCACGAGCACCAACACACUUACCCAUAUGUCGACUUCCUGAGUCUUGAAAACUUCCAGAUUUCUUUAGGCUGUGAUGAUGUUGGAAAUUGCGAUCUGGAUUGUUUGGAAACAUGCUUAUCCCAAUUCCACUUCACUCAACUUAAACGUUUGGCGGUGAUCCAGAACAGCCACCAUAUCCACAACAAUCAUCGCUAUAGUGAGAUUUGGGACUUGGCUGUCUUCAAUUUUGUCAAACUGGUGGUAGAAAACUCAGAUACCUUGAUCUACCUCUCCAUUCGGCACAAUGUGCCUCCGGAUGGAGUGAUUGACGAUGGCUUCGAAGGCAACUAUCACAGAAAGGUCAAGCUUUAUACAAACUUGCUACCAAAUCUUCUUGCAACACUUCAGAAACACGUGGUAAACUUGAUGCUUCCAAAUUUGGUUGCAUGUCUUUCUUGCUACGAACAACCGAUGAACACUUUCAUGUGGAACGGUUGCAAAUGUGACCACUGCGACAAAUAUCUAGAGAAGCUCGACGACUACCUUCUUUAUCACAGAUACUACAGCUUUGGGAAGCAAGUUUACAAGGAUGUGUUGACCGUCCAAUUGAUGAGAGCCAUGAGUGAGGUUUUAGCAGACCGUGUGGUGUUCGACACAAACUAUGGAGACUUGUUUCAACUACGCAGGCCAUUGAGAAACAUGAACUGGAACUUUCACGAUAGUAAAUUUUCCAUUCCGUUCAGGUGUUUGCCGGUGAAAACAUAUGAGAUGGCCGACUUUGAAGAUGAGAAGGCAGAGUUGAAAGAAUCCCACGAACGGUUCUUCGAUGCGGAAGAGCACGAAAAUGACUGCCAGUUCCUUCGAAAAGAAUCGUUUGUUCCUGACUACUCGGUAGUGGUGUCACACUUCCUCAAUGACUUGAUCAGGAAAAUGAUCAACCUUAAUCGAGGUGAUGCUGAGGACGUUCUUAUCGGUCAAGAGGGUGACGAGAACGAUGGUUUCACAAACUUACGAAUCAACAAAAUGCUUAUCAACGGCAUCAACUUCAACUUCGACCACGAACUCAAUGGAACAAUUUUUUUCAAAAAUGUCUACGAUGAGCUUGACGACUUUGACGAGGAUAUCAAACGUAAGAGAAAACUCCAACUCAAUCUACCCUGGGAGGAAAAAACAUUGGAGAAUGAAAGCGCCGUAUUCUUGUUUCGAAACAUCUCCUUCAAGAGAGCCUUUUACGACAAGCUAGGGGAAAGAGAUGGAAGCAUUCUUGUGUUCGACUGUGGAGCAGGCUUCACAGAUACGUUGAACCUUGAAGACUGUCGUGUGUUUCAUGUGGCGACAUUCGAUAAGCUUCUCCUGCAAUUGAGAGGAAUCAUGGCUGGCGAAAUGGAAGAGAUCAAAGAUAUGCACUUGAAUACCUUGGUAAUUGAAAACGUCUCAAGCUUCUUCUGGACCCUCCAGAGAGAGAAACUAACAGUUAUGCGUUACUGCAAGUUGAGAGAUACGUUGAACGAACUAAAGGAGUGUUACCAGUGCAAUGUGAUUGUCACCGGAUGGGACAUUGAAUACGAACGAGGAUACAAGCCGUUUAAAGCCAUUGCGGACCCUUCUAAGCUACAUCAUCUCAGUCUACUACCGUCUGAAUUUUUCCAAACGUUUGACCACAUCGUGGCAUUUGGCAGACAUAACUACAAGUACCAGGACACCUGGCACGAAUGCACAUGA